GAAAACGGGUAGAAGGACAGGACGGAGACACAGAGGGAGGAACUGCGCCGGCAGACAGAAAGAGGAGGAGAAAACUAAUGCAAACGAAAGAUGACAGUGCGAAACGAAAUGGAUCCAACCAAGCCCAGGACACGGCAUGUAAACAACGAUGGGGGGAAUGAAUCAUUGAUGGGAGAUCCGUCGGUGCCAUGGGGAAAUAGUAAGGACGAGGGGAGGGAGAAAGACGCAGACGCCAGAGAUUCAGACGUCGAUGGGACGACCGCAGCUGCAGAGAGCAACCAUCACCACAGGGGGUCAGCAGACAAAGCCAAGUUCAACACAUUUGGCUAUCAGAGACGGAGAAAGGUAAAGAUUGUGACUGACUUAGCAACAGUGAGUAAGGCUUCUGCUGCAGCCAAACCCAGAGCUGCACUGAGACAGGUCCUUUUCAGCCAGGGAGAGUCUGAGAAGACCCAGGCCUCUGAGCUGGAUGGGCUGAAGCAGGAUCUGGAUGCCUUUGCUGUGCCGCUCAAUCUGAAUUGGAGGUGGAAGGAGGAAAGUCAGGGAACCACACUGGAGAAGAACUGGACAGAUAUAGUGCACUCUCAUUCAACGAUGUCUAAGAUGCAGAGGCACCAGCAGGAGGCGCUGUGGGAGUUUGUCUACACCGAGCUCAUCUACAUCAACAAACUGAUGAUCAUCAAAGACUUGGUUGUUGCAGCUCUUGUCAACCUGCACCAGCAUGGAUUUCUCCGGGAGGUGACCCCUGAACGUCUCUUCGCUAACAUUCCCUCCAUCCUCGCCGCUCACCAGCUGUUUUGGCAGGAGGUGAUUUAUCCCAUGUUACAAGAAGUCCGGGGGACGGGAAAGCCCUUUGAUCCUUUGGUGUUGGAGGCUGGUUGCCUGCAGUUCCACGAGCGCUUUUCGUCCUAUCAACAUUACUGUUGGGAGGAGGAAAACAAUCUGAAGUUCACACGCAGGCAGAUGGGGAGCAACCCACAUUUCCUCACUUAUGUUCAGUGGGUGGAGAACCAUCCUCAGUGUGAGCGGAUGCGGCUCGGGGACAUGCAGGUUAAACCCCACCAGAGGAUCACAAAGUACCCGCUGCUUCUCAAGGCCGCGCUGAAAAACACCCAGGAUCCUCACGAGCAGCACACACUCAGAGGCAUGAACAACACAACUCUUCUUCUCUCUCCUCUCCAGUUGUCCAGUGUGAACUGUUUUUUGGAGAGCAUCAACGAUCACCUGAGGCUAAAAGAUGAGAAACUCGCUCUCAGCAUUUCUGCUCAGAGGGUGGAGGGAUACGAGGUGGAGCGCAUAAACGAAGAUAUUGACAAGCGUGUCCGAGAGAUUUGUCAGUUCGACCUAACCUGCCCCAUCAGUGGAGUAGGUCCUGAAGUCGUGCGCAAGCUUCUGCUGGAAGAGAACCUGAAGAUUCGGGAGAGGAAAGACAGCAAGCUUGAGGUGGUGGCUCUACUUUUCUCAGAUGUUCUUCUAAUGACCAAAGUCCAGAAGAAAGGGGACCGGCUGAAGGUAGUUCGACCUCCUCUGGCCCUUGACAGAACGUUUUGCUUCUCACUGAAAGAUGACUGUUCAUUUGUUGUUGUAGAGGUUGGUGAGCUGCGCAGUGCUAUGAAUGUCUACAUAUUUGUAGCCGGUACCUCAGAGAGCUGCACCAGAUGGGUCUCCAACAUCAACCAUGCAAAGGAAACAUUGUGGAACUUGAGACAGACUGAGAACAGGAGACAACUGGAAAAUUGGAAAAUCCGGCAGCUGGAGGCCAAGCCUGUCACAAAUGCCGAAACGUAUGAUAUGGACACAGAAAAAGAACUUCUCACGGAAUCCAGACGAGGGAGUUUUAUCGACGAACUCAAUGAAAAAUUUAUUAUCGCCCAAUCAAGAAACGGGACGUUGGUGUCUAAAGAAGCAGAAGCAAAGGAACGGUCUCAUCCUGCAGGUGGUGUGACUGAAAACAAUCAUGUUUUACCCUUAUGGCAUUCCCACCUCGACGUCAACAGCAGUAAACUAUCGCACAAGGGUCAGCAACAAGCAGAACAUGGAUAUGAAUGGAUAGAAAUGGGAGUGAGAGCAGACGAAAGAAGGGGGCAAAGAGUGGGGAACCACAGUGCACAAUCGGCCCCCGAUCUGGAUUGUGUAAGUCACGGUAUUGCAGCUGAUCCAUCACGAAACAAUACUACUGGACCACACGAUACGAUCUUGUAUCCAGAUGUUGACUAUCCAACGGAGGAGGAAAGUACCCCAGACCUUCCUGCUCAACUAGCAAUAUUUAGGGGGGAGUCUGCGUUUAUAAGACUGACACAAGGGAGAAGAAUGGCAACAAAUAGGGAUUCAGAUUCUCACGCUGUGGACCAGGACUCCAGGAUAAACUCCGACUACAGCAAGACCGGAGACAUGGAGACACCUGCAGAGGCCUGGGGUUGCUCCAAAAAUUUAAAGUCGCCCGGGAUACGCAGGAGGAGGCAAAACAGCUCUCAUCAGGGCCCCUCUUCUCAGAUGUCAAAUCAGUCCUUGCCGGUUUUAAAUGGCCAAAUGAAAAGAAACUCUCAACCAUCUGUCCAGGAGUCACACCGAGUGCUAAAGCUGGGCUCCCUGAAGAAUAACCAAGCGAUGUUCGCGGACAUGCACGGUAGAGUAUCUCCAGACCCCCAAACAUUGUCUGAAUCUGAGCUUUCGGAUCAUAACAUUUAUAACAGAGGGAAAACCCGAAGGACAGCCUCUAUUCAUAACAUGAAGGACAUAAACAAGGGCCAAGGAGCCACAUGGACCAGUAGUCCGCACACGUUACCCAAAGUGGAGAAUGCACUUUUUCCGAAACCAAGCGGACACAACGUGGCCUUGGAGGGUCUUUUGGUAAGGGCCAAAGAGAGAGAUGGAUUAAAAAGCAGAAAUGUGAAAAGGGCCAAUUCGGGGUUGCGAAAUCCUCCUCCCCCCUCGUUUUCCCCCGCAUCAUCGCCGUCGCCCAGCGAUAGAGAAAGUUACAUGGGGUGGGAGGAGGAGGAGGUGGAGCUGUUUAGACACAGAGCGCUCACAGUGAGUAAAGGAUGGAAGGAGCAGCUGGUGGAUGGAGAUGAAGAUGACAAGAGUGUUUUUACAGUCGGAGUAAAUGUGGACUGGCCAGCUUGGUGCUUUGAUGAUGAUGAUGUCCUGGAUAAUUUACACCUUGGAGAGGAAGGUUUUCUGGAGAGCAUCAACCGAUCCUUGGCCUCCAGGGAUAUCCCCGAAAUUUCAGAGCAAGAGGACGGGCAUUAUAGUCACGUGUAGCUCUGAAGCUGCAUGUCGCUGCACUUACUGAGUGGAUACCAAAUGGUGCUACUAACCAUCAUCCAACAACUAUUCAUCACUAAAAAAUCCGUCCGUUUAUUUUUUUAAAAUUUUUUUUUUAAAUAAUAACAUUCUUAUAUACAUGAGUGUAUAGAUUUAGAUUUAUAUCAGUAAUCACUUCCCUUGUCAUUGACCUGUACGUUACACAUUGUAUAUCAUGUAAAAAAUAAAGUGUUCUUUGCUAAAAGUACCUUAUUUUUAAAACAGUUUAUUCUUAAUACGUAUAUACAGAAACAAAUAUUCACAUACAGUUGAUAAUUGAAAACAGACACAAAUAUUAGGAUAAUACACAACGUUUGUAGUUCAACAAAACUGCUACAAUGUCGGCUCCGAAAAUACAGUAUUUACAAACAAAUGCCACAUUUUGCAGAUAUAAAGAUAAUAAAAGAUAGAUCCCACGUCAGUAUUUUGGUGAGAUGGCCGCAUUAAUAUCUUUACUUUUUCACUGCGUUUCUUUCUCUCUCCUCCCGCUCAUUGGACACGGUGUGAACAAUUGUCUCCAGCGCAGGGUACCGAAAGAUGCCUUUCCUCUGUGGAAAAAGAUACACAAAAUGUACAUUAUUUUAUCUGAUGUGGGAUCAUGUACAUGUUUUGCAACAUCAACAGGAAAAUUCUUUUUUUUAAACUUAAUUAUAUGAGAAAUUGUUUGAUUGACAUUCCUUUCAAAUAAUGUUCUUGAAUCAA